CCCUGAUCUGGUCUGCUCCUGGCUUACCGGAGAAGAUGACAGAAGAUGAAGACGUCUGGUUUUCACGGCUUGUUCCUCUUGCAGGAGGUCAUGUGUCUUAGGCUCUCCCGCGCUAAUCCGUCCUGGGUGACAGUGUGCAGACACCCAACCGCUAAUCUGCUAUUUAGGUUUGCGUGACUUUCCAAUGGGUAAGGAGCCUAGCUGAUGGGUGUCUGUCUGCCUGGGGGAUAAUGUUUCCUCACACUGCUCUGCCGCAGUCGGCUGGCCUCCACACCAGAAGAGGAGUAGAACGUCCAGCCACUGGGCACACGCCCGACCCCCUUAGCCUGCUGCAGAAGCCCCUACCUGGAGCCGCGUGACCAAGAGCAAGAUCAGCAACCCAGAAGAGCACAGCGGUCGCAGGACAGGCCGUCAUCGCCAUCACGACUGCAUCGGUAACGGCUGUACGGCCCGGCCCAAAGCCAGAGGACUCAAACAGCAUGCACAGGGAGAGAGGCGUUAAGAUGGGAAAGACCUCCAGGGCAGGAAAGGGGAGGCUUCUACGUUACAAAGCCCACCGGGAGCUCUGGAUCAAGCGGGAGAAGGUGAAUCCAUGGGCCACGCCCACAAAGGAGGCACAGGCAGGGCUGAAGGCAGAGUCCCCAUCCCCUGCUGUCAGGGAUGGAUCACAUGCAAGCUGCAGCCCCUUUGAGAAGGUCCUGCAUGAGAUGAUGCAUGAUAUGCGGGUGACCCGUGACAUCACUCUGGGCCGUCGCAUUGGCCUCUACGAGUUGCGUGGCGAGAUCGGGGCCGGAAAUUUCUCCCAUGUGAGGCUGGGGAUUCAUGUGCUGACCAAAGAACAGGUAGCGAUCAAGGUUCUAGACAAGAAAUCCGAGCUGUUUGCUUCGGAGAUCUCCUGCAUGGAGAGGCUGUCUCACCCCAACAUCGUGUGGCUGUAUGAGGUUCUCGAGACGCCCCGCCGCCUCUUCCUUGUGAUGGAAUAUGGCAGUGGAGGAGAGCUCUUCUCCCGCAUCGUCACCAGGGGGCGCCUGAAUGACCUGGAAAGCAGGCUGGUCUUCUCUCAGAUCGUCUCCGCCGUCAAGCACAUGCACGACAGAGACAUUGUGCACCGGGACCUGAAGGCGGAGAACGUCUUCUACACCACGGGCUGUUGCGUCAAGGUGGGCGACUUUGGCUUCAGCACAGCCUGCGGUCCCGGCGAGCUCCUCGGCACCUUCUGUGGUUCCCCACCCUAUGCCGCGCCCGAGCUCUUCCGGGAGAGGGGCUACGCGGGCCGGCCGGCGGACAUGUGGGCGCUGGGCGUCCUGCUCUACUUCAUGGUGACGGCUAGGCUGCCCUUCAGCGCCGACAGUCUGAGCUGCCUGAGGAAGUCCAUCCUGCGUGGCACCUACCACCUGCCCGCCCAUGUCCCUCCGCCCUGCCGCCGGCUCCUCCGCGGCCUGCUCCAGCCCGCGCCGCCGGACCGCCUGUCUGUCGCCCGGGUGAUGGGCAGCAGCUGGCUGAUGGGCGUCGCCUCCCCCAAGCCGUUCCCCCCCACCCGGCCCACCCCGGCCCUCCUGCUUGAACCAUCGCCGGGUCUCUCCGUGGAGGAGGUGGAGGCCAAGGAGGCACUGGGCCUCCUGGGCGUGACGGAGGCUCACCUGAGCAGCAACGCCUGCGCCGACCUGCGCAGCCCCGUGACGGGCGCCUACCGCAUCCUGCUGCACCGCGCUCAGAAGUGCCGCGCGGCGGCGGCCCUGGAAUACGCCAGUCUCUGCCCCGACGACUUCCAACCCGUCGACCUGCAGGGGGGCGACUCCGCAGCUCUGAGGAGACACAGCCCCACCGCCGUCUGCAGCAUUUUGUAGGCGCAGUUAAGGCAGCCGCGCACUUCCGGACAAAAUGAAAAAAGGAAAACCCGUCAGCAAGAACAGUCUGUCAUAUACUUAAAAUGAUGCUGAUACCAUGUUCCUUAUGUGUCACUCCACAACCCUAGAGUGCGCAGAAUGUUUUACCUGCAGCAGACCCACAUACUGAGCACAAAUAUACCUACUGUGGUGAAUGCGUGAGUCAUUUUAAUAAAGGAGAUGACAUCCUUUUUUAAAGAGGAAGUAGCUCUUCAUUAACAGCCACUAUUAGUUUAAUUCUUGCAGCACAGACAAGGAAGGCAGCAAUUUACACGACACUCGCGGUUACACGCUAACGAAACACAUGCAUUUCACGGUAAACAUCACUUGGUUACAGCAUUUAUUAUUCAGAACAUAAAUACACAGAUGCACAUUCAUUUACACGAUUUAAAGUGUGGUGCAGUGCAAAGCAUGCUGGUAAUUGCAUAAUUGGUUCUGCUGACCAACCCCACAGCGUCAUAUUAUGUCAGCCAAUCGUGUAUCAGAAUAAAUGAAAAAAGUUACCUCGAGUUCCCUAAAAGGUGGUGAUCACCGCUCAUACAGUGCCAUAUUAGCUAAAACGCCAUCAAUUCUGUCAAUUUUAUUUGAAAUAUCUGGUUACCUUUAGACCCAUGUUAAUGUAGGUACGCCAGAUGCAUUAACCCAGUAACCUGCGUGUGUAAUUGUAUUGCACCCUCUUGUGGCCAAAGUGUAUAUGGCAGGAAUGAUAUUGUGGCCAAAUGCAAGGACAUAAAAUCGCAGCUCGGUUUGUCACAGGAUCACAAUCAAAACUCUGUCUUCAAGGUGUUAUUUUAAUCCUGCUAGUAAAGCUCAUUUGGAAACAAGGAAGUGAUUUCCGGUGUAGUUUUUGCACACUUGUUCAUUCUGUACAAGCAACGAACUAAUCUCCGAAACAAUAUACUGCAGAUCUUUUAUAGUUCUUGAAAGUGUAAAUACUUUUAAUAGCUAUUUCUUUUUUCUUGGCCUCUCCAUGUAUUAUAAAAGGUGAAACUGAGGUUGUGAUCAGAUGAAACAGGCUUUGCCUGAGUGUUACUGGUGGUU